GAUGUAUGACUCUCUGUUGAGAUAUCUGUACAUAGUGUGUUGGCUUGUUCAGAUGUGUCCUGUCAUGUCCUGGCUGCUCUGCCUGUGCCUCUGGCUCAGUCUGACGGCCAUCCAGCUGUGCCAGGCCACUUUCUACGACACCAUCCAACAGCGUCCUGGGACGAGGCCGGGCCGAACCACCAUCCACAUGAUUGAGGGGGGCACCUGCGAAGUAAUAGCUGCUCACAGGUGCUGUAACAAGAAUCGAAUUGAGGAACGAUCUCAGACGGUGAAGUGUUCCUGUCUGCCAGGAAAAGUGGCUGGAACCACCAGAAACAGGCCUUCGUGUGUUGACGCAUCUAUAGUAAUUGGGAAGUGGUGGUGUGAGAUGGAGCCUUGUCUGGAGGGGGAGGAGUGCAAAACGCUUCCUGACAACUCAGGCUGGAUGUGCUACGCCGGGAACAAGAUCAAAACGACAAGGAACACUCAGCCAUAUACAACAUCGACGUAUUAACAUUUGGUGAAGAGGAUGCAAGGGAAUACCUCAGCUUCCAAGCGCUGUCAUUGGACCAAUUAUCACAAGAGACAAUGAGCCUAUUGUUGCUUCA